AUGCCACAUCCUGGAUGGGUAGAGCAUGAUCCUAUGACAAUUCUGAAAAACGUUGAAUUUUGUGUAUCUGACUGUCUGAAGCAAGGAAACCUUGCACUAUCUGAUUUGGCUGCAAUUGGAAUCACCAACCAACGCGAAACACUGGUGAUUUGGGAUAAAUUCACAGGUCUGCCAGUGUAUAAUGCGAUUGUUUGGAUGGAUUGCCGAGGGGAUGAAGUUAUCCACAAUUUCACAAACGCCCACGACAAGGAGUGGUAUCGUCAGAAGACAGGCCUUCCUCUGUCUUCCUAUUUCACAGGCCCGAAGCUGAACUGGGCUCUGACCCACGUUCCGGAGGUGAAAAAGGGAUUUGAAGAGCAUCGAAUCUUGGUAGGCACGAUCGAUUGCUGGCUGAUUUGGAAUCUCACUGGCGGGGUCCACGGCGGACUGCACAUCACCGACAUCACCAACGCGAGUCGAACGAUGAUGAUGAACAUCCGAACGCACGACUGGGAUGAUGAUUUGCUCGCCAUCGUCGGCGUGGAUCGCUCCGUCCUUCCGCGAAUCGUGUCCUGCAGCGAAGUCUACGGCACGGGCGUCGGCUGUUUGGACGGCGUGAAAAUCGCGGGAUCGUUGGGCGACCAGCAAGCGGCUCUCUUCGGCCAGACGUGUUUCGAAGCGGGUGAAAUGAAGAACACGUACGGCACGGGGUGCUUCAUUCUGAUGAACACGGGCGAUACCAUCGUGGACAGCCAGAACGGCCUGGUCACCACGGUGGCGUACAAGAUCGGCGCGACGGGGCACACCUGCUACGCGCUGGAGGGAUCCAUCACCAUCGCGGGAGCUCUGGUGCAGUGGCUGCGCGACAAUCUCGGCAUGAUCCGAUCCAGCUCCGAGAUCGAAGCCAUGGCGACCAGCGUGGACAGCAGCGAGGGCAUGUAUGUCGUCCCUGCGUUCUCGGGGCUGUAUGCGCCGCACUGGCGAUCGGACGCGCGCGGCGUCUUCGUGGGAUUGACCCGAAUGAUCAACAAAAACCACAUCUGCCGAGCCGUGCUGGAGGCCACGGCGUAUCAAACGUAUGAUGUGUUCAACGCGAUGGAGAGGGACAGCGGAAUCAAAAUCACCUCCAUGAAGGUCGACGGAGGAAUGACCGCGAACAAUUUCUUGAUGCAGUUCCAGGCCAAUAUUCUGAAUACGGACAUUGUCAUUCCAAAAGUCACCGAAACCACUGCUUUGGGGGCGUGCUUCGCGGCGGGACUCGCGGUGGGGUAUUGGACAUCGAUGGACGAUAUUCGAGAGAAGUGGGUGGUGGACAAAACGUUCCAUGGUGUGAUGGAUCAGGAGGGAAUCGAGCGUCGAAUCACUGGAUGGCGAAAGGCGAUUGAGAAGAGUUUGAAUUGGGUGGAAGAGGAAUAA